GCAAGUUAUAAAGGAGCAGAAUGAGGCCACGCACAAACUGAUAAGGACAAAGAAUGUCAAACACACAGAGAACACUAUACACACACACUUGAAGUCUACUUCCACCACCACUCCCAACGUGGAAAUUGGGACUUCACGACUCACAGGUUCCAACAGGCUCACAGAACCAGGAAGAUACUUGAUAUUGACUCUGAUCAUAUCUCACACAUAGAGAGAGUUAUUAGAGACCUUCUCCUCUCUCCUUGGACCCUCAAGACUUUAUAUGCUGCCAUGCAGACCUCCCUCCUCCUGAUGGCGCUGUACCUGUCACUUCCAGGGGGCACCCAGGCCUUCAAACCCCUCAUCUCAGGAGGGGGCUCGGUCACACACCGUGACAUCACACAGAGGGCUGUUUUACGCAAAACUGCCGAGGUCUGCCGAGCCCUGGCUGCCGCCCAGGGGCAGGACUUCAGCCUGCCGAUUGGAGACAGUCUCUCCGUUGUCAAACUACAGAAGGCCUGCUCUGUAGACUCCUCCUCUUCCACCCUCGUCUCCACCAUCCUCUUCCAGAGCGCCAUUGUCAAGAUGUACCUUAGCAACGCCCUUGUGGACAUGGAGUUUGCUCUGAGCAAGGCACACCACUUCGACGGUGAGACCUUCCAGGGGGGGCGGGCCCUGAUCACGGCGGGGGUGUCGGAGGUCAAGGCCAGCGUCAAACGAGGGCGCUUCCUGUUGGCCAGGCUGGCACUGGGACGUGUCUGUCACACACUACAGGAUUUCUACAGCCACAGUAACUGGGUUGAGAUGGGGAACAGACAGCCGUACAGCACUCUGAUCAGACCUGACCUGCAACUGGUGAACCUGGCAGGCCCCAGUACUCCAACCUGUAGGAAUUGUAUGGGAGGUAACUGUACUGAUAACAUCCUACCAGAGGUCUCACAGCAGGGCCUGCUCACCUCUGGAUACUUCAACCUGUUCUCCUCCAACAAACCUGCAGGUAAGUGUAGCCACGGCGGGUUGUUUGACCGGACCAGCGGUCGGGACCCGGUAGGGGGCAUCAACAAGGACGACGUGGGGUCCAGUCAUGGUCACCUCCACCACACUGCAGCUGACGUGGCCGUCAACGCUACCAUGGAACUACUGGAGGACAUCAGAGGAGCUGCCGGGGACAAGGACUUCCUACGGUUAAUAGGCAUCACCCAGUCGUCAGUGUUGUGUUUUGUCAUCGACACCACAGGCAGUAUGAGUGAUGACAUCACGGAGGCUAAGAGAGUGUCCUUCUCCAUCAUCGACAGUAAGAGAGGAACCCAGCAGGAACCUUCAUCAUACAUCCUGGUCCCCUUCAACGACCCAGGAUUUGGGCCUCUGAUCACCACAACAAACGCAGACAUUUUCAAACAGAGAAUCAACGCCCUGACAGCAUCAGGAGGAGGAGAUAUACCAGAGCUGUGUCUGUCAGGACUACAGCUGGCCCUCACGGCGGCGCCACCCUCCUCUGAGAUCUUUGUGUUCACUGAUGCUCCUGCUAAAGACACUGCACUGAAGAGCACUGUCACUGCCCUCAUAGAGAGCACCAAGUCUGUGGUGACCUUCAUGUUGACUGACAACCUCCGAUCCAGUCGUCGUCGCCGUUCCGUGGGCGGAGCUUCAGCCAUAUGGCCCAGUCAGGGUGGAGCCUCCAAUCGGAUGGCCCAAUCAGACGCUCAGCUGUACCGUGACCUUGCCCAGGCCUCUGGAGGUCAGGCCAUUGAGGUCACCAAGGAGGAUCUGCACCGGGCCACCAGCAUCAUCGAGGACGCCUCUGCUGCAGCACAGGUAACUGUUCUACAGGAGGUAAGGAGCCCCGGGAAGGCAGAGAAUUUCUCCUUUACAGUAGACGAGUCUUUGAGAAAUCUGAAUGCUUACAUCACAGGAGGACUCCUCUCCUUCACUCUCACCAGCCCUUCAGGUGUGUCUCAGAGUAACAGUGAGGCCAGCGGUCCUCUGGGGACCAUCCAGACUGUAGGGAACCUACACCGCGUCUCUCUGAUCACACACAGCAACACAGGAUUAUGGGAAAUCAGUCUUAACUCCCUUGAGUCCUACUCACUGAAGGUCAUAGGUCAGAGCUCUGUUAAUUUUGGCUACCAUUUCAUGGAAGUUUUCGGAGGGGCUCAUGGAGACUUUGGCCUCAGAGAGGGCCGUCCUCUCACAGGCGGUAACAUAACCCUGCUGGUGUCUGUGACGGGGGGUGAUUCUGUCACUGUGACAGCGGUGGCCCUGGUCGAGGCCUCGGGGUCAGGAUCAGAAGUCAACGGAACCCUGCAAUCGCUAGGCGGCAUUGGCGGCGGGGACUUCCUGGUUACCGUGGCCAGAGUCCCACAGGGGGAGUUUGUGGUGCGUCUGAGGGGAGAGAGCAAUAGCGCCACCACCAAAUCAUCACCUAGCCUCUUCCAGAGACAGGCCUCCACUCAGAUAAAGACUUCCAGCAUCUCUGUUACGGCCCAGGCUGACAGUACUUUAGAACCCGGGUCCACCAUCUCUGUCCCCUUCACCGUGACAAUGGCCAAAGGAACAGGAGGAACUUUUACCAUCCGAGCCACGAACGACCGCGGCUUCAUUUCCUCCUUCCCGGCCAGUGUCUCCAUUGUGACCGGGGGCGGAGCGGCCAACGGUACGGUGACCCUCACGGCACCCGCCAGCACCCCAUCGGGAACGGACGUCACCUUGACCAUCGAGGCAGAGUCCGCUGGAGCCACAGACUUGAACUACUCCAUCCUGCGUCUCUUUGUUUUCAGCAAGGUGACAGAUUUCACCCCUCCCCAGUGCGGGGUGGUCAGCGUAUUGUCCAACUGCCUGGCUGACUGCAGUGCCUCUUACUGGCAGCUCUCUGCCAACCUGACCGACGGUGCCAACGGGACGGGCAUCGACCGAGUCACCCUGCGCCAGGGUAACGGGACCCUGAACACUUCUACAGAGGUGGGCACCGGGGGCGAGAACGUGACCCGGGUGACGUACAGCGCCACCUGCUGUUCAAAGAAGGUAGAGCUGGUGGUAGUGGACAGGGCAGGCAACGUGGGUGUGUGUCUGGGCUCAGUGAAUGACUCUGUUGGGGUGGUUGUGAGCUCUACAGCCCAGGCCUCUGUCACCAACACUACAGCUGUACCUGUAGUUAGUACUACAUCCCCCGGAGGGCCACCUUUGACUCUGUCCCUGUAUCUAAGGAUCUGUGUGAUGCUUUCUCUCCUGUGGAAUAGAGUAGAGCUAUAGAGUUGUAUAAUAGUUCAUAUUGGUAUAUGUCAUGUGGAACAGUGGAAUCAUUGCAAAGAGAGUCAAGUCAUCAGACAAAGCCGAUAUGUAUAUGUUAUGUUGUACAAAUAGACAGGGUGGAAAUAUGUAAUGAACUCUGUCAUAAUACACUGUGGAAACAUUU